GGGCUGGGCUUGACAGCAACCACAAUAAAGGCCAAGACGGUACUCGUAGCGGUAAACGGUGCAGCAAAGACACCGGCGGCACGAGUCAUCAAUCCUUUCGCUGCCAACGCUGUUUCAUCCGUUGCUGCACACCUAGCUGCGAGCUUGAGCUAACACUCAGGAGUGUGCAGCAUCACACUCGGAGCGCGCGUCGAGUGGAGGAGCGUUUCACACGUCAAGCGGAGCGCGUAGUACCGGCAAAGCAACCAUAUAUUAAGCGAUGCACCGCAUCGCUCUCUCCACCGCGCGCGCGCCCGUCGCGGCGGCGGCGGCGGCGGCGUACUACGGCUCGCGGCCGCGCGAGGCGGCCUGCGACCCGCAGCUCGUGCCGCACCCGGAGCGCCACGACCGGCGGGGCGAGCUCCUCUUCGGCGUGCCGAAGAAGGGCCGGCUGCACGAGAAGAUCGUGGGCAUGCUCAAGGGCGCGGGCCUCGAGUACAAGCGCGAGGCGCGCCUCGACAUCGCGCACUGCCGCGACCUGCCCGUGUCCCUCGUCUUCCUGCCGGCGGCGGACAUCGCGACCUACGUGGGCGAGGGCGACGUGGACAUGGGCAUCACGGGCGAGGACAUCAUCGCCGAGAGCGAGGUCGACGUCAUCGAGCUGAUGCGGCUCGGCAUGGGCAAGUGCCGGCUGAGCGUGCAGGCGCCGGCGGGCUCGACGCAGGACCCGCGGCAGCUCGCGGGCAAGCGCGUCGUGACGUCGUUCCCGGUGCUCACGAAGAAGUACUUCGCGGGCCUCGAGACCGGCGCCGAGACCAAGGUCAAGUGCAUCUCCGGGAGCGUCGAGGCGUCGUGCGGCCUCGGCCUCGCCGACGGCAUCGUCGACCUCGUCGAGACGGGCACGACGAUGCGCGCCGCGGGCCUCGAGGAGGUGUCGGUCAUCAUGCACACGGAGACCGUGCUCAUCGCGAACCCGCACUCGCACCAUAAAGAAUUGAUUGAGCUCCUGCGGAAGCGCAUCUCGGGCUUCAUCACGGCGUCGCGCUACAUGAUGGUGACGUACAACGUGCCGCGCCACCUCCUGCACGUCGCGCGGCAGAUCACGCCGGGCAAGAAGUCGCCCUCGAUCCAGCCCCUCGAGGACGAGGCCUGGGUCGCCGUGUCCGCCCUCGUCGAGAAGUCCAAGGCGGCCACGAUCAUGGACUCGCUCGAGGCCGCGGGCGCGACGGACAUCCUGCUCUCGGCGAUCCACUCGUCGCGCAUGGGCGACUGAGGCGCUGGCUGAGCGGGGAUAGUGGAGGCGUGUAGAGAACACACAUAACUAAGU